ACCAAAGCAUUGGUUUCGCUGCAUACGCCUUCCUAGCUUUCUCGUAAACAUCAACAAUCCCCAACCAAGACAUCCGAACGAAACUCCAAUGCUAUCCCGAGCCAACAGCGAUGCCACCCUACGCCUGCGAAGGGCCAAGUCGUCAUCUUCGACCAGCCACAAGCCCUUCGAUCCAUCCAUAACGACCGAGCCCAAGUAUGCAGAGGUCGCCGCUGUAGAAGCCUACACACGUGCAUACCGCUACUCUCACGACGACCGCCCUCAACGACGCCGCUCCCGUCGGUCCGAGGGGAGCCAUUUCGAUGACAACCGACGCAAGUCUACUCAGAAGCCUGAACGUCCUGAACGUCCUGAACGCCCUACGCUUGUACCCGGUCCUGCCACUGCUCCUUCAACAGUACCUGCCCGUGCGCCAGCUCGCUCUUCCCUUUUCCCCGAUACGCCAUAUCGUUUUGCUCUCGAGGUCUCCAACGAUCCCACCAUGACUAUGACAGAUGUUUCCGAGUCACGACUCAGCACUGCCUCCCGCCGACAGACCCGUGACCUACAGACAGAUGAUGAAAUCAAGACGGCUGCCUGGGAUGCCUACCUGCAAGGCUAUCGCAAGAAAGAGGUUCGUGAAAGGAAGUCUUUCGCUGCUCCUCUCAAGAAGCGUUUCUCAAAGUCGCCCGCCCCACCGCCGUCCAUUCAGUACGACACAUCUGUCCCACCCUAUAACUGUGUUGAAGAAGUCGAAGACAAUUUCUCUGCUCUAGCGUCACCAGACAUCCAAUCGGGGGAGAAACUCGAAGGCCCUACAAAGCUCAAGAAACAGCGGACCGUCUCAGAGUCACUCAAGGGCAGAUUCAUGCGUUUUCUGUCAAGACCCAAGCGGGUACAGUCACACUUCCCAGCUCAGCACGUAGAAGCAAGGAACCUCCAUUUCGACGUCUACAAGACCAACGACGACAGCUUCUCGGCUGGCCCAGACUAUGGAGUCUCUUUACCAAGGUCACCAUUCUCUUCCCUAGGUGCUUCUUCCGGUACACAGUCACGCAUCACGAGCUGGUCAAACUCGACCAACUCACGCCAUCGCAAACGCCUACCUUCCAUCGAAGAGACCUCCGCGCCAUCGGCUCUUGCUUCUACACCGGAAGAUUUCUCAACUGGUUCUUUCAUCGGUCGAGCGCUGCGUCUGCCGCUCCGACGCCCAAGUCAAAUCAACCUCCAGCGGAAAUCUGAAGAGAGCAAGCGUCUGUAUGAUGCUCUCCAGAAGCGUAUCAACGGUCCUGAGGUACCCACCAUUACCGUGGAAGAGGCUACACCACAACCAUCUGCUAUCUCGUACUGCGACUCUCCAGCGAGCUCGCUAGUCGUGGAAUCUAUAAGGAUGGUCACACCAGAUCCUACCAUUCCUGAAUCUCCCACGCGUCCAGCCCCAAGUCCGCCUCAUCAAGUGACCAGAAAGUCCUCAUGGUGGAGUCUUGCACCGACUAUACGUUCGAAGAAACGUCGCCCAGCGGAGCCAGUUGCGCCUUCAAACGAACAGAUUGCUGCUCGUAUGGCGAGAUCGGACAAUCGUUGGCAAACAGCGUUGGAAGAUGGCUCACCCGUCGUUUCACGAGCUCUCAACUAUUGCAUGAAAGGUGAUAAUCCAUAUGAAAUGCGACCGUUGGAAAAUGACAACAGCUUCAGCUUGCCUGUCGCUGUUCGACACGAAUUCCGCGAAGCUGCUGCACCAACGUUUGAAAACGGCGCGGAUCUUCAUGACAUUCGACAACAGGUCAUUUCACCGAGUAUAUACUCGAGGCCCAUCACCCCCAAUGCUGUCGGUACAUUCAUCACAAUUACUGGGCGCGAAGUCAAGCGUUAUCAUUUGGACUCACCACCACGACCUGUAAAUGGCCCUUCGACCUACGCUCCAAAACCAAGUAAUGAAUGGAGAACUUGGUUCAACAAAGAGAUCGAAGAUUGCAUGACACCAGCGCUUCUUGGAGAUACUGUUCUGGCUGGACCCGACUACUUUCCGAGUAACGACAACCCACACGAUUCGCGAGAAAGCCUACAGGAAGACCCACCAGUGCUUCAACCUUCAAAGAGUCGUCUCGAACUGCGUUCUCGAACUUCCAGCAUCAUGAACGAGCGCUACCCAUUGAUAGAUACUGGUAGACCUUCGAGCAGAGCAUCAGGUCGCCGGACCAAUCCUUCAAUGGCAUCCUCAGGCCAGAGGUCUGCUUCAGGAUCUGGAAACUCGGUUGCUGAAAAUGCGUCCAGCAAAAGCAGUCAACGUGCCGACGUUGAUCAAUCAACACUAGCUUCAUCAACUCUCCGAGAACGCCAGUCAGCGAGUGCAUUGGUACGCAAGAAGUCAAGUCUGGCGACCCGUGCUGCGCGUCACGGUUAUUGUCCUUCUACAAACGAGAUCGAGUCUGCAGGCAUGGAAGAUCCAGUCAAGGCUCCGAAAUCAGCGCUGGAUCUUCGUGUCAUGUAUCGGAACAACCGUAACCUGGAAGCCUCAAGCCUCAACAUUCGUCGUAGAGCAGUAGCGCCAGCCAUGUUUGAUGAUCACACUCUGCGCAGAAUUUCCGAAGGACCCUACGCUGCUGACAGCAAAGAGAACGCUGCGCCAGCUCGGCCGUCUGGUAUGAUUGAUGGUAUAACAAUCCCUCCGUUCUACACGCCGGCGAAUGACUCGCCAAAAAGCAAAGGAUCUUCCCCCGGACAGCGAAUGGUAGAUGACUUUCUAAAUUCGAGGAAGACACAGGUAGCCACAAACUCUCAUCCACCCUUUAUUUGAUCAGCACAUUGAUUGUGUAUUCCAUAUUGGUAUCAACUUACAGUGUUAUUGGUGCUUUAGGAGGCGUCUUAGCCACAUUACAGAAUAAUCAGAAUCACAUUGUUACCUUUCAC